CAAAUCCGCUGUUCUUUAUCACGAAAUCGAUGUUAGCAGUUAGCAUUUGAGCAGUUAAUUUGAAAUAAGUUCUUUCACGUCGUGAUUAUAUCUUUCUUGAUCGAGUUUUCCUCCAAGUGCACAUCAUAGCCUAAAUUUCAUGAUUCAUCAAAUCUUGAUAGGUAAAAGCCUUUGUUUCAAUCUAAAUCGACUGCAGUGUCAGGAAACUGUAAGCCAGUUGUGACUUGUAAACAGGGUAGUUGUAAGUGCAAAGAAAGAUGGAAGAGGAUACAGAAUAUUUGAAGCUACCAAUCGAAGAUCAGUGUGUCCACAAGCUUUGGAAGGCUCGAGUCCAUGGUUAUGAGGAAGCAAAGAAGCUUUUCAGUACACUCGAUGAAAAAUCGCCAGAAUGGAACAAGUAUUUAGGACUGAUAAAGAAAUUCGUCACCGACAGCAAUGCUGUGGCACAAGAAAAGGGUCUGGAAGCAACCUUAGCCUUUGUUGAAAAUGCAGGACCGGCUGGAAAAACUGUCGGUGACACCAUGGCUGGAAUUGUCAACAAAUGUAUUGCCGCCCCUAAGACUAAAACUAAAGAUUUAGCAGCUCAAGUUACGCUGAUGUAUAUUGAAAUCGAGAAACAAGAACAAGUUCAAGAAGAACUCAUGAAAGGUUUCGAGCACAAAAACCCGAAGACUGUCGCUGCUUGUGUUAGUGUUAUGACACAGGCUGUGAGAGAAUUCGGUAUUAAAAUCUUCAAUGUUAAGACAUUAGUGAAGAAAAUUCCUGCUCUGUUGGAGGAUCGUGAUAAGAAUGUUAGAGAGGAAGGGAAAGCCAUGGUAAUUGAAAUGUACCGGUGGAUAGGAAUGGCACUCAAGCCUCAGCUAUCUAAUUUAAAACCAGUACAGAUUGCGGAGCUGGAACCAGAAUUAGAAAAAAUGAGAAAUGAACCAGCCGUGCCAACGCGCUACUUACGAUCACAACAAGAAAAGCAAGCUUAUAAUGCAGUAGAAACUGAAUCUGGAGCUGGUGGAGACUUUCCUGGUGAAGGAUGCGAUGGUGACGAAAAAGUAGAGAUUGACCCCUAUGACCUGAUGGAUCCAGUCGACAUUUUAUCAAAACUUCCAAAAGAUUUCUACUCCAAACUGGAAGAGAAAAAGUGGCAGGAGCGGAAGGAUGCAUUGACUACUCUUGAGCAGAUUCUUACAGAUGCGCCCAAGCUAGAAAAUGGGGAUUAUGGGGACCUCGUGCGUGCCCUCAAAAAGAUUUUAACAAAGGACAGUAAUAUAGUUGUAGUUUCACUAGCAGCUAAGUGUGCCGCCAUGCUUGCCAGUGGUCUGAAAAAGAGGUUUCAGCCCUACUCAGCUGCAUGUUUGCCAUCAUUCCUGGAGAAGUUUCGUGAAAAGAAACAGUCGGUCGUUCUUCCCCUGCGAGAUGCUGUAGAUGCUAUUUAUAACAGCACAACUUUAGAAGCAAUCCAGGAAGAUGUCAUUGCUGCAUUAGAUAAUAAGAAUCCCUCAGUAAAAGCAGAAGUAGCAGCGUUUCUAGGACGAUGUUUCUGUAAAUGCACUCCUACCAUUUUAAACAAAAAGCUGUUGAAAGUUUACUCUGCUGCACUACUGAAGACCCUCAAUGAAUCCGACCCUCUGGUGAGAGAUAGCUCAGCAGAUGCGUUAGGAGUAGCCAUGAAAGUCGUAGGAGAAAAAGUUAUGAUGCCAUUUUUGCCUGAUGUAGAUGCCUUGAAACUAGGAAAAAUUAAAGAAGGCUGUGAAAAAGCUGUCAUCACAGCUAAAGUUACUAAAACGAGAGAUGAACGACCGGCCUCUGCUGCUCCGAAAGUAGAGGAAAAACCCAAAGCCGGAAGCGUUGCCCCGAAGCCUGUUAAGCGUCCAAUUGCCUCAGGCACAAUAACCAAAUCCAAAAGUUCUCUUGCCAAGAAGACCAUCACUGGAUCCACAAGCAACCUGGCGAGUAAAUCUGUCAAAAGCACUGCAGCAAAAACGCCUCCUGAGCGUGAAAUAACAGAUGAAGAGUUUGAAGAAAAGUGUGAAUCCCUGCUGCCACCUAACUUAUUGAACCACUUGACAGAUAGCUCCUGGAAGACCCGAUUGGCUGCGGCAGAGCAGUUUCUACAGCUUGUUGAAUCCAUCGGUGUUGGCGAAGCACCAAGCCAAGUACUUUUUAAAGUUUUAACGAAAAAGCCCGGUUUAAAAGAUAAUAACUUUCAAGUCCUCAAGUUUCGUCUGGACACUCUGAAAAGGAUUGCAGAGAAAUUUCCCAUUUCCAGUACGGCAUUAAAUAUUGUCUUGACGGACACUGCAUCCCUACUGGGAGAUCCCAAGAAUGGUUCGGCAGCUGCAGAGGCACUGACCCUUCUGGCAGAAGCCUCACGUUUAGACCUUGUUUCAACGGAGGUUUUAAAUUAUGCUUUCAACACCCAGAAAAAUCCAAAAGUACAGCAGGAGACAUUGAACUGGAUGUCCAACGCUAUUCUCGAGUUCGGAUUUGUCAUGGAACCAAAAUCUCUGAUGGAUAAUGUGAAAAAAGCUGUUAAUGCAACCAACGUCGGCGUCAGAAGUGCAGGCAUUUCCCUGCUAGGCACCAUGUAUCUCUACAUGGGGCAACAGCUGAGCAUGUUCUUUGAAAAUGAUAAAGCUGCACUGGUCCAGCAAAUCAAUACAGAGUUCAGUCGGAGAGCUGGUGAAACACCCCCAGUGCCAAUCCGUGGCAAAGGAGCAAAACAAGCUGAAAGUAGAAAAGAUGCAGAUGAUGAUGUUGAAGAGGAAGUAGAGGUACCUAAAGUGAAGAUCCAAGACAUUGUUCCACGUGUUGACAUACGACCGCAGAUAACAGAUUCUUUGAUAAAUGAAUUGGGCGAUAAAAAUUGGAAGGUUCGUGAUGAAGCACUCGACAAGUUGAAAGUUAUCAUCACAGAAGCACGAUUCAUUUCGAACGGUGUCGGUGAAGCUGCAGCAUUGAUUCAGCAGAGGCUAUCUGACUCGAAUGCUAAAAUCACGGCAUCUGCACUAAAUCUUGUGAUUCAAAUUGCUUCUGCUAUGGGCUCUUCCUGUAAAAUGUACACCUCAAUUUUCAUACCAGGAGUCUUGAAAGGACUUGGAGAUCCCAAGAGUUUCAUUCACGAUCCUGCACUUAAAUGCCUGAAUACAUGGGGAGAAACAUGCGGUUUUCGAGAACUUUUUGAUGGAGAAAUGAUAGCUGAUGCUUUGAAAUCAGGUUCGCCAGCCUUGCGAAGUGAGUUAUGGGCUUGGUUAACAGAAAAGCUACCUACCCUAAAAAGUGUGCCGAAAGAGGAGCUGACAGCCUGUUUACCAACUUUGUACGCAAACCUUGAAGAUCGAAAUGCGGAUGUACGAAAGAAUUCAAACGAAGUGAUCGUUCCCAUUAUGACGCACAUUGGUUACCAGGCUAUGGCAGCCCAGGUUGAGAAAUUAAAGCCAGCCUCUGUAACAACCAUCAAAGGUAUUCUGGACAAAAAUCGUGCCUAUGUUCCUAUUCCUGAGAAGCCCUCGAGUGCUAAAACAGCAAAAAGUAAUGCUGCUCCAGCCACAGCAUCGAAACCACAAAAUGCAGCCUCAAAACAAGGGGCUGCUCCUAGUGUCAAGUCUGGAGGAGCGCUGAAGACCAAAGCUGCAACUCUGAAACCAGUCUCCAGGAAAAAGGAUGAAGACAUUGACUCAUCACCGCUUCUACAGGUUAAUAGUCAGAAGAAUCAACGCAGCAUUGAUGAACACAAAAUGAAGGUCAUUAAGUGGAACUUCACUACGCCAAGAGAAGAAUUUUUCGAGCUUCUGAAGGAACAAAUGACAACUGCCAAUGUCAACAAAACUCUCAUUGCAAACAUGUUCCAUGCUGAUUUCAAGUAUCAUUUGAAGGCAAUAGAUCUUCUUAAUGAUGAUCUAAUGAACAACAUUCCUGCCCUCAAAGCUAAUUUAGAUUUGAUUUUAAAAUGGAUGACGCUCCGAUUUUUUGACACAAACCCAUCAGUUCUGCUGAAAGGAUUGGAGUACUUGCAGACUGUCUUUUCCGUUUUGAUCGAAGAACAGUAUCAGAUGCUCGAGUUCGAAGCUUCAGCAUUCAUCCCAUAUUUAGUACUGAAGGUUGGAGAUCCGAAAGAUGCAGUCAGAAACAGUGUAAAGGCAAUCUUCAAACUAAUUGGUUCUAUAUAUUCUGUCAGCAAACUCUUUACCUACAUUAUGGAUGGUCUGAAGUCUAAAAAUGCUCGCCAGCGAACAGAAUGCCUUGAACAGCUAAGCUGGUUAAUUGAAAACUUUGGUAUCAGCGUUUGUCAACCAACACCAGCAGCGGCACUAAAAGAAGUUGCUCGUCAGAUCUCUGACAGAGAUAAUGGAGUCAGAAGCGCCGCACUGAAUUGUGUAGUGGCUGCAUAUUUCUUAGAAGGAGAAAAAGUCCUUAAAAUGGUCGGUCAGAUCUCUGACAAAGAUAUGUCUCUGCUGGAGGAGAGGAUUAAACGGAUGAGCCGGAAUCGGCCAGUAGCUAGCGUUCGUCCAAUCCAGCAAACUCCGCAAGCUUCAAGAGUCCCUGUACAGCCAGAACCGCAAAUGCAGCCAACCCCAAUGAAGCAGACUUUCAACAAUGCAGAUUCGGAGAGUGAUGAAGAGCAAAACUACGCUGAAACUACGCCUCCAUUAGAAAGGAGGACAUCACCGAAACCAUUAGUAGAACCUCAUUUUAGCCUUGAUUCAGCAAUUUUAGAGCAGAUUGAAGCCACACCUGUCCGGUAUCACAUUCCUAAAUUAGCUGAGCUAGACUUGAAUUUCCUGUCGGAACCUCAUGUGAUGUCGCCCUCUAAGAGGAAGCCUGAACCAGUAGUGUCACCAUUGCGGCCAAUGUCUGCAGGCUUCUACACUAGCCCGAUUAAAAAUGAGAAUUCCAAAGUAGAAAAAAUCAUCAGUAAUUUAUACAAUGCUAACGUGGAUACUUCUGUAAAUGCAAUCAAGGAGCUGGACGCUGUUUUUAAUUCUGAUCAGGAGGCGUUAGGAAAUUGUGUAGAGCAAAUAGUCUUUCAAUUAGCAAAACAGUUAGAUCUUCUUAGUGAAUCGAAUCAUUCAGAGCUUGUACAAAAUUAUAACGCUAUUUUAUCAUUCCUUUUGAAGCUUUAUAACCAUCCUCAGCUGUGUACUAAAGCUUCAGAAGGGUCAUUGCAGCAACUCUUGAUCCAGCUUAUAUCACUGUUGAUAGAGAAGAAGGGAAGCGAUAACUCAACAGGAAUGUUUGUUCGUGCUGUGAAUUCUCUAGUUUUUCGAGUCAUCGACCGAUCAGAUCACUCAAACGUAAUCUGUGCACUACUUAAAUUACUGCAUCUGAGCAUCUCAUCUGAUAAAUACUCAGCGCAUUUUCAAGAACUGGUCAUGAAGUGUGUCUGGAAGUUAUUGAAAAAACUGCCGGAAUGGUCUGAUGAAAUAGAUUACGAUAGAAUACUAUUUGUGAUAAAUGCGUUUAUGAAGGAAUAUCCAUCAUCAUUUUGGAAGCAGCAAGAUUCUGAUACUCCUCUUAGAACUUUUAAAACAGUGCUUCAUACUAUGGUAAAAUGUAAAGGCACAGACUUAUAUGUACAUAUCAGGAAAGUGGCAAAUCAUCCCGGUGAAAAUUCAGAGCUUGUUUGUUAUGCUAAUAAACUAUUCAAACAUUUGAAAGUUGAGGAGCACGCAUCAAAUGAAAACGGAAGCAAGAAAAGUGAAAACGAAGAUGGUAAAACAUCAAAUGGACUUCCUAAAACACACUUAUCGAAACAAGUCCAAGAUCAGCUGACAAAUAUCUUCCAGAAAAUAGGAUCACAAGAAGAAACCAAAGUGGGCUUAAAUCUAUUGUAUGACCUUAUGUGUGAAAACCCGGACAUCAGCAUUGAACCACACUUAUCCAAGUCAAGUAAGUUCUUCCAAGACUACAUUCACCAAGGACUUCAAACUAUCAAAGAAGAACGCAAAAAAACAAACAGGCUGGACUUAUCAGGAAAAGAAGGCGAAAGUAAGACAUUUUAUGAGAAUAAUGGGAAUUUUGAAGGAAAAAAUGAUGACGGGGAUGAAUUCUUAAGGUACAAGAAACGACUCGAAGGUCUCCAAGCUCAAUUCAGCUCUACGCCCAAACUCUCUGCCCUAAGUCCGAAUCCGAAAAUCUCUCAAAAUAAUGAUUCCAAUUCUCUUUUUGCCUCCAAAAAUAUCAACUCUAACAAACAGACUGACUCAUCGGCCGAGUUGACAUUCGAAGCAAUCCAGCAAAGACUAGCCAGAGUUCAGCUGGAUCAUCCGAACAAGAAUUUGUUUCAAUAAUUCUGAGCAAUCAAGACUUGUUGAUAAAUCAGAAAAGUAUUUUUGUAUAUUUAUUCCACUUUUAAUUUUUAAUUUCUUGUAAAUUAUUCUUCCCAUGUAAAUUAUUUAUUUAUUAUUUUUAAUAUUAAUUUAGAUUUAAACUUGCAUUAACGUAGCGUUAGAACUGUUUCAAAUUCCGAGGCAGUCGAGGCAUAACUCUCAUUAGAAUUAAUGCGAUAGAGUUAGUUUUGUGAUUGCAUUGUGCCCUUUUGUCUCAUUAGUCAAAAAAUUAAUUUGCCUGUUAUUGUAAAUCCAGUUAGUAUUUUUGUUCAAAUGAAGGUAUUUUGUUCGAUUCAAAAAGAUUACCAGCUCCCGAGUUUGAAAUACCAUGCUCAGGAAUGAAGUAGGUUCUAUGGUGCAUUGCAAUUUAUUUUUAGUAUUUUUUCUACUCGUGAAAACGGAUUUAUUAGACUCUAAGAAAAAGCAGGAUCAUUGUUCUCGUAUGAAUCUGUAUGAGGCAUUGUCCAACAUAAUCGUACUCGCAUAUUAAGUAAUCUUCAUGUUGACCUUGAAUUUCUUCAUUUUUUUCAGACUAGGGAUAAAAGCAGCUAUUGUGAUAGAUUUAGUUGAAUAGCCAGGUCUAGAAUACCUUGAGCCAGUAUGAGAAAAGUUGUUCAACUACCCAAGUAGCAUUCAGUGUCCCAACUCUACUUUAACAAUGGAAACUACUUGGUGGGAAUUAGUUAAGAUAUUCAACUGAAAUUUUUAUACUUCCAACUGAAUGUUUUUGAAGCUAUCCAUAAAUGUUGUCAUUUGUAUGGCUUCUUUUCCAAUUAUUAGACUCCUCCUCCUCUUUUUGUCGCUAAGGUGGAUCUUUUGCACUUUGGAGAACGAUUCAGUUGUUGAUCGAUCAAUUGAUAAUCCUUGGAUUUUUGUGCAUUUCUGAAGAAUUUCUAUGCAACACAUCCCAUCACGCUCUAAUGUGUCAGGUAUUUUCACACAAAAUUUGACCAAUGAUCAAUUUAAAACAGCUUCAAAAGUACCUGAGUGAAUAUUGCAAAUCGAAUGGUAAAAAUGUUAGCAAAUAUUAAAUCAGGACUCAUUUUCGGAGUUAUUUUGAAGUGCUUCUUGGUAAAAUUGAGUACACAAAUAUCUGACGCUUUUCAUCAUGAAGUGAUACUCCAAAAUUCUUUAGGAAUGUCCCAAAAUAUGGAAAUCAUCAAUAGAUGAACUGACCACCGAAUUGUUCUACGAAGUGCCGAAAAACCAUGUUAAGUAAAUCCCCUCCCUCCUUGGCAAAAAAAAAAAAGAAAAAAAUUGAUGGUAGUACCUUUGUUUCUCUUUCCUCCUUUCAGUUCAAUUACCAACAGAACUAUAAAUUUAAAAAUUAGAGGAGAUUCUUAUAUCACAAAGAAUAAUAUUUUAAAUCAAAUUAUGAGAAUUGUACUAUAACAAUAUUUUUAUGAAAGUGCUAGUAUUGAUUGCAUUGAUCGGAAAGUUCGAAAUUCGUUGUUCUUGCCAUCCAUUGAUGAAUUUUUUCACUUCUCUCAAUCUGUACAUAAAUAAGAGAGAAAAGAACGGAACUUAUUUUUUGAGCAAACCUUGUUUAUUAUCUAUGAAAAUAUGUCAGGAGUCUCAUUUAAUCAUUUUAAUUCUAUUUUGACCCUUGUUUUUUUUUAUUAUUAUUAUUAGAAAAAAUCGAUUACCUUACCUGUAUUGAAAAUUUUGAACAAGCUUUAACUUCCCUCAGUAUUAGUAUUACUUACCUUGAAAUCAUCAAAUUUUUUUUUUUAUUUGUUAUCAUUAUAGAGCUGAGAAAAAUGCUGCCCACUAACCUGAGAUGCUUCUCGAGUCAAAUGUGAAUCAAGAUUUAGAAUGGAACUUCGUGUGAUGAUGUUUCAGACUGUUUUGGAUAUGUACAUGCAUUUCUGUGUUCGGGUCAAGAUCCAGACAUAUUCAGAUCGAAAAAGCAGCACUAAUACUUUGAUAAUAACAAAUGACAGAUGUGUUCUACUAAUAGCAGUGAAUAAAAAAUAAUCACUCAGAUAAGUUACUAAGUCUCGAGAGCACAUUUGAACAAUCUUCAAAAUAUCAAUUCAUAUCUUAAAUGUUAUGCAAGAUCUUUUUGAUGGCAGGAAUGCAAGCUUAUACAUAUCCAAGAUAUAUCUCUUGUUCAGAUAGCUCUAGGUAUGAAUGUGUCCAAAUUAUCUGAAAAAUCAUCACACAAAGUUCCAGGCUGAAAUUUCAUUUCCAUUUUGAAAUGUCUGUUUAAGAGCACUUAUAUGUUAUUGAUUUUAGAAACCGUUCUUUGAUUAUAAAGCAGAGUUGUUUGUAUUUGCUCAAAAGAUUUGUGAACUUAUAUUUUGAAAAAUAAAUUUUAUGAAUAUUAA